AGCUCGUGCCACAAACGUCGCUAUGAAACUGUCGGAAAAAACACAAAGAAUGUACGAGUUGUGAAUAAAAGAUUGUUACAGCGUUGAAACAUCGAUUUGUUGUGAAAAAAGUUAAAAAGAUAACCAAUAUUAUGUUCGCUCAUUUUUUAUUGUAAUGUAUCAAUUAAGUUUAUUCUUUCUCGUAUUGUGUAUAAUUCAUCCGCAUGCAUAACUAGCGUUGAAAUAGUUUUCUUCAAUAACCUAACCUCUCUAAAAUACGUUGGAAGAGAUUUUGUACAAAAUCUGUGAACAGAAUGGCGGUGGGAUCGACGAAAGUAGUACAGGUGACAAAUAUUGCACCUCAAGCGACGAAAGAUCAAAUGCAAACUUUAUUUGGGUAUCUCGGAAAAAUAGAAGAUAUCAGAUUGUAUCCUACUAUACGAGACGUCGCUGUACCUGUUCAAUCUCGUAUUUGCUAUAUAAAAUUUCACGACCAAGGAUGCGUUGCAGUUGCUCAGCAUAUGACAAACACUGUUUUCAUUGAUCGUGCAUUAAUUGUAAUACCUUACCAGAAUGGAGACAUUCCAGAUGAACAGAGAGCUCUUGAAUUAACAAAUAACGGCACAGUUGUUCCCGGUCUUUAUCCUUCCGAGCCCAAAUUACCACCAAAUGUUGUAAAUGCAAUAGAAGGGAUUCCUCCAAAUCAUGUUAUUACCACCAUGGAUCCAAAAUUAGAGGCAAACGGAUUACCACCUUACCCACAUUUACCUGGUCAUUUAGAUAGUAGAAGAAUCGAAGAAAUAAGAAGAACACUUGUUCUGGCCAAUUUAGAUCCUUCUGUAACGACAGAUCACUUAUUAGAUUUCUUCAGUAAUAACAAUGUUGAAGUGAAGUAUUUACGCAUGUGUACCAGAGAUUCAGAUACAGAGCACUAUGCACUGGUCGAACUCUCUGAACAAGCAGCUGUAGUUUCUGCGUUAUUAUUGAAUGGAAAGCUGCUUAUGGAUAGACCAAUUAAAAUUUAUCAUUCAACUCAGGCAAUAGCAAAACCGGAAGCAAAAAGUAAUGAAGCAGCACAAAAAGAAAUAGAAGAAGCUAUGUCCAGAGUAAAGGAAGCUCACAAUUUAAUUUCAGCCGCGAUAGAUCCGAUGAUUGGAAUGCUGUCGAAGGAUAAACGAAGUCGCAGUGGUUCUCGCAGCCGAAAGUCUCGAUCUAGAUCCAGAGGGCGUAGUAGACGAUCCAGAUCGCGCAAAAGAUCACGUUCCCGUCACAGGCGUUCACGUUCGCGUCAUCGACGAAGAUCAAGAUCACGAUCAAAACGUUCUCGCUCUAAAGAUCGUAGACGAAAGUCACCGUCUCGUAGAAGAAGUAGCUCUCGUGGCCGACAUCGAUCUCGUUCUAGAUCUCGCCGUUCUCGAUCUCGUAGAUCAAGAUCCAAAUCCAAAGAUCGCAAGAAAAGAUCUCCUCGUCGGAGAAGCCGUUCUCGGUCUCGGAGUAAACGUUCGAAAUCAAAGUCGAGACGAUCUAGAUCUAAAUCCAAGUCCAGAUCUUCAAAGUCUAAGUAUUCUGAGAAAUCAAAGGACAAAGACAAAGACAGAAGAAGCAAAGAUAAAUCAGAUAAUGGCAAAAAGAAUGACGGUGACAAGGCUGAUAAGGAAAAGAGUGAAAAGAAAUCUAGCAAAGAAAAGAAAUCUGACAAAGAAUCAAAAUCUGAUGAAAAAAAUAGAAAUACAUCUGAAAAUAACGAAACAAAAGAGAAAACAGAAUCUGAAACUUGA